AUGACAUCCAGGCAGAUGGUGGCCUCUGAGGCUGCACUGAUUCCGUUGCUUAUGGGCAAACAAAGCUGCAACAUCACUUUUGUCCUGGACAGCUCAGAGAGCAUGAGGGCUGUUCUGGGGUCAGUGAAACGCCUGCUGAUCCAGACCCUGCUGACUAAAGCUUCACUCAGGGACUCUCUAUUCAACAUUGUGACAUUCUCAAACAAGGUGACCUGCUGGUCCCAGCACAUGGUUCCCUGUGCUCCUGACACAGUGUACACAGCUCUGUCCUGGAUCCACUCCAUCACCUGCAGCUUCGGCAGGGAUCUGCUGGCCGCCCUGAGUUUGGCCCUCACAGACUCAGCCUGUCACGCCGUCCACCUGCUCAUCACGGACCUCCCCGACCAGCCGGAAGCCGUGCUGAGAGCCCUGCCCGCCCUGGCAGCCGGGAGUCCUGUGAACAUUUUCUAUCUGCAGGACUCGGUUGCUCAGCUGGACAGCAACAUUAGGAACUACCUGCACUGUCUGACUCAGGCCACAAGAGGAAGCUGUUAUAUGAUUACAGACAAUUCAAAUGGGAAAUUGGGGAAGGUGAUUCCUCUGUAUGUAGCUGAGAACCAAUCAUCAGUACCAGCUGUCUCCCCAGUCAACCAUUGCUGUCUGUCCACGUCUUCCCCUCUGCUCAGGUGCAGUCUGGGUAAUAAUCUGCGCCCUUUUACCUCCUGCGUGAUGUCUGGCCGAACCCUGGGCGGCUCAGAGUUUCUUCCCGGAUGCCGUGUGCUGGCCAGGAGGGAGGUGGAUGGCUUAUAUUACCUGGGAACUGUCAUACAGCAGGUUCAGGACCGUACGGGAGUGUGGGUAGUCGAGUUUGACCAUCCAGGAGGUGCUAUUUUUGGGGCCGUCUCCUCCCAGAGGCAGCUGGUUUGCUCCCUGGAUAUGGUGAACCGCAUCAGGGAUCAUACAUGCUGUCUGGUGCCUGGAGAUGCUGUCCUGUCGCCAUGGGAACAAGAUCUGAGGAGAUAUGGGCCGGGGAGAGUGAUGGCCACCACAGGGCACAGAGAUGCUGAUGGUGUUACAGGUCUCCGGGUGCUGAUGUGGAACGGAUGUGUUUCUCUGGUUCCUGACAGCCUGGUCUUACCCAUUUCAGCAUCUCACUAUGACAGAAUAGUCAGGGAGCUCCAAAUCCCAACAUCAGCUUCCUGUCAAGGUUGCCGAUGGGUGUGUGGUCGAAGCUCCUCCUGGACUCCCCAGCUGUUCUGCACCGACUGCUCAGCAUCUGCAUCUUGCUGCUGUUCAGUCACAAACCACUGGCCCUGCCUACAUCCACCCAGUUGUAGGUCCAGCCUUGGGAGAAUGGAUGGAUUUGAGGGGGCAGAACGAGAUAAGCAGGUGGACCUCAAAGAUUCGGACCAUGAGGUUCCCUCUUCCUCCUCUUCGUCUGUUUCUGAGGAUGAGACCAGAGCAUCAUUUCCUUCUGCAGUGAAGCUGAGGAGUAAACAACAACGUCCUCCCUGGAGGUACUGGAGGAGAACUGGACCUGAGCCUCAGCACAGACAGCCAGGGAGUGCAGUGGCCAGGAGGACCUCACAACCUGUGAGGUUCAGCUUCCCUGUCCCACAGAUCAGCGCCUCGCCAAAUCGCAGUUCUCUGUUUCAGGUACUUCCAGGUGCUAAAGGACGGAAAGCGAGCGUCAGAGAUGUCUUUGAAACAACCAAAUUCAAACCUCGACCACCUGAGGGACUGCAGCCUUUUUCUGGGAACAGCGCUACUACUGUUUACACGUAA